AUGAGUGCAGAUUCAGAUAUUUCAAGAACUUCAGUUCGACGUAUUUACAAGCCUCUGAGCUUUAAGCCGUACGUUCCAAGAUUAGUUCAAGAACUCAAUGAAGAUGAUUUCGAUCGACGAAUCGAAUAUUGUGAAACAUUUUUAUCGCUCCUCGAAACCGAACCAGAUCUUAUUCAUCAUAUCGUUUGGUCUGAUGAAGCUUUAUUUAAACUCAAUGGACAUAUUACUCUUCAUAAUUCUGUCUAUUGA